ACAGGAAGGAGCACUAGAAUCUGAGAAACUCACCUCUGAACAGGACCUGCCCACCCUCUACCCCUGACACCAUGACCCACUCAUGUUCCUUCUCUUGCUCCCAGCCUACCUUCUGCAGGACCACCUGCUGUGUAUCCAGUGGCUGUGGGUCCAGCUGCUGCCAGCCUUGCUGCUGCCCCAGUUGCUGCUCCCACUCGUGUUGCUCCCCUUGCUGCCAGCCUACAUGCUGCAGGACCACCUGCUGCCAGCCCACAUGCUGUGGGUCCAGCUUCUGCCAGCCUUGCUGUUGUGGGUCGAACUGCUGCCAGCCUUGCUGCUGCCCAACUUGCUGUCAUACCACCUGCUGCAGGACCAGCUGCUGCAGGACCAGCUGCUGCCAGCCCAGCUGCUGUGGGUCCAGCGGCUGUGCACAAAACUGCUGUGGGUCUAGCGGCUGUGGGUCCAGCUGCUGCCAGCCCUGCUGCCAGCCUACGUGCUGCAGGACCACCUGCUGCCAGACCACAUGCUGCCAGCCAACAUGUGUGACUUCCUGCUGCCAGACCACAUGCUGUGGGUCCAGCGGCUGUGGACCCACCUGCUGUAGAACCACCUGCUGCCACCCUUGCUGUGUGUCCAGCUGCUGCCAUCCUUCCUGCUGCCGCCACUCGUGCUGCUCCCCUUGCUGCCGGAUCACUUGCUUCCACCCCACGUGCCAUUAGCCUAGUGGCUGUGGGUCCAGCUGCUGCCAGCCUUGCUGCCACCCAACUUGCUGUCAAACCACCUGCUGCCAGCCCAGCUGUGGGCCCAACAGCUGUGGACAAACCUGUAGUGGGUAGAGCUACUGUGGGUCCAGCAGCUGCGGCCCAAUUUUCUGUCAAACCACCUGCUGGAGGACCACCUGCUGUCAGCCCCGUGGCUGUGGGUCCAACUGUUGCCAGCCCAGCUGCUGCCAGCCCUGCUGCUGCCCAACCCAUUGCCACACUACCUGCUGUAGGACCACCUGCUUCCACACUUGCUGUGUGUCCAGCUGCUGCCAACCUUUCUACUGUUGA